AAGAAUUUGAAGUGUAAACACAAGUAUAAACUUUGACUGGGCCAAGUUCAAUAUACUCCAGCCCACUAAAUAUUAGGAACCAGAGAGAAACAAAGCAAUCUGAGAAGGGUGUCACUGUUGACGGCGAGGAUGAAUACGGACAUUACUGCUUCUGUGAAGCCUGAAUAUCCGGUGAUAGAUCGGAAUCCACCCUUCACAAACGUGGUUUCCAAUUUUAACACGCUCGAUUACCUCAGGCUCACCACCAUCACCGGUAUCUCUGUCACCGUCGGCUAUCUCUCAGGCAUAAAGCCGGGGAUAAGGGGCCCAUCAAUGGUGACGGGAGGACUGAUUGGGCUGAUGGGAGGGUUCAUGUACGCUUACCAGAACUCUGCAGGAAGACUCAUGGGCUUUUUCCCCAAUGAAGGAGAGGUAGCUAAGUACAAGAAAUCGCUCUCUCUCUAAGCUUCUUUCCCUUCCCUCUCUCUCUCUCUCUCGCGCGCUUCCUAUCUAUUCCAAUUGGAUAGAGACUUCUGUACGCAUGUGAUACUAUGAAUAAUUGUGCCGCUGUUUGUGUUUCUGUUUUGAAUUGGAUGAAACUUUCACUCAAUGUGGAUUGAUGAGCUACUUGAAAUGGAAGAAGCUUGUGUUUUUAUGCUAACCCUUUAACUC